AUGACAACGGCAACGCCAACAACUCUAUCGACAAACGUCAUCUGUAAAUAUCGUCCAGCAAUUAAUGAAGAUACGUGGCCAUGUAAUAACAACGAUAAUAGAACCUAUUCGUCGAUAAGGUUAAGUUCUAGGCAUAUCAAGAACGAUGAUAAGAAACCAUUUCGUUGUCACAAGUGCGGACGCGGUUUCACAUUGAAGAGAAACAUGGAUCGUCAUGUUAAUUACGAGUGUGGUCACGAGCCAAGAUUUCAGUGUCCAUAUUGUGGUUUACGUAGCAAACAAACGUCACCGGUUUAUGCACACAUCAGGAAGAAACAUCCUGAAGAGGAAGUUUUUAUCUUCGACAUGAAGCUUUGA